AUGGCUAUACCGUCCAUACUUCGUCCUCGCAAGAGGAACACUUUCACGGAAAAGAAUGACGCCCCGUCUCCAACAAGCCCUACCUUGACAAAUGGGAGCACCGACGUUCCCGAGGAUAUCAUCAAGCGGGUAACGAGGUUACGCAGGGGAUUUGCGUUGAGCGCAUCCUUUGCAUACAUCCUCUCAUGGAUCUUCUUGGUGCUGGUCCUUAUCGGCAACACCUAUUCCCGCCCCGUUCUCAACAGCAUCUACUUCUUCAAGCUGAACCUGGCCGACAUCAUCCCGACAUCAGUCCCCAACGCCAAGCUGAUCAACAGCAUCGCCCAAACCAUUGGCCUGCAUGAUUUCUACCAAGUCGGCCUCUGGAAUUUCUGCGAGGGCUACGAGAAUGUAGGAAUAACCUUCUGCUCGCAACCCCAAACACUCUACUGGUUCAACCCAGUCGAGGUUCUCAUGUCCGAGCUUCUUUCAGGCGCCACCAUUGCCUUGCCCACGCAGGUCAUCACCAUCCUGUCCAUCCUCCAACUCUCGUCGCAGCUCAUGUUCGGCUUCUUCCUGACGGCCGCGGUCCUGACCUUCUGCCUCGUGUUUUUGUCUCCCUUGGCCGUCCGUUCCCGCUGGGUCUCCCUCCCGCUUGCGAUUCUGUCCUUUAUCGUCAUGGCCCUCGUCCUGGUGGCCAGCGCCAUUGGCUCCGCUAUCAGCGUCGCCUUCAAGUACGCCGCCGAGGCCCAGAGCGACCUCAACAUUCGCGCCGAGGUCGGCGUCAAGAUGUUUGUCUUCAUGUGGCUGGCCACGGGCUUCAGCAUCUGGGCGUUUGCGGUGCACGCCGGCAUGGGCUGCUGCUGCGUUUCAAGGAGGGAUGUGAGGACUGGGAGGAGGACGGUCAAGGGUGGGCUGGUGCAGAGGAGGGAGGUCAGUCCCGGCUAA